AUGCCCACGGCAGCCGCCAUCUUCUUGCUGCUCCUGCUGGCCUUGCUACCGCCGUGGCCAGCGUCGGCGAACGGAGUGGCGCACCCCCGCAAGUUGGCCCUCGUGCAGCAGAAGCCGCUUGUUCUCGAGUACCACAACGGGACCCUCCUGAAGGGGAACUACUCCCUCAACAUCGUCUGGUACGGCGCCUUCUCUGCCUCGCAGCGCGCCGUGAUCGUCGACUUCCUGACCUCCCUCCCCGGCCUGGGUGCCUCGGGGAAGGCCUCGCCGCCCUCUGUUGCUUCCUGGUGGCGCACCACCGAGUCCUACAAGGAUGGUGCUACCGCACUCGCCGUGGGGCGUCAGGUGAUGCUGCAGGGACGUCCCCGAGGGACGAUCCUCUCCGAUCGCGACAUUCGCGACCUCGCGGCUCCCGGCCGCCACCGGGGCUCCAUCACCGUCAUUCUCACCGCAUCAGACGUCACCGUGGAGGGCUUCUGCAUGAACCGCUGUGGAUCGCAUGGGUCGGCGCGGCUGCCCUGGGGGAAGAACCGCCACGCGAGGUUCGCCUACAUCUGGGUCGGCAACUCGGCCAGCCAAUGCCCUGGGCAGUGCGCCUGGCCCUUCCACGGGCCCAUCUACGGGCCCCAGACGCCGCCCCUGGUGGCACCCAACGGCGACGUCGGGGCGGAUGGCAUGGUGAUCAAUCUGGCUACCCUCCUGGCCGGAACAGUGACCAAUCCGUUCGAUGAGGGUUUCUUUCAGGGCCCCAAGGAGGAGCCUCUGGAGGCUGUCUCGGCGUGCACAGGGAUUUUCGGGACCGGCGCCUAUCCGGGGUACCCGGGCCAACUAUUGGUAGAUCGCAUCACGGGCGCCAGCUAUAACGCCGUCGGCGCGAGCGGCCGCAAGUACCUGGUGCCGGCGAUGUGGGACCCGAAGACCUCGCAGUGCGCAACGCUCGUCUGA